AUGUCCUCUCCUGUAGGCAUAAUAAUCUCCGGCCGCCCUGUCAUUACCGAGCCUUCGUCCAUCAUCUCGCCCACGCAAUCGGCAUUUCAGAUUCCCUCGCAGCCUUCCUUCUCCCACAUUGUCGUCUUUCUCCUGCCUGGAGUCACACUUCCAGAUGGCACUGCAGCUGCCGUAUAUGCCCAACUACCCGGCACAACCGAAUUCAAACUGCUCGGUGCAAUCGCCAACGAAAAGCCCAGUGCCAUCUUCAAAGUGAACACCAAAGCGGGAAAUCUCGGCAGUGACGACUCCAUGGUUGACGAGGGGGUUUCUAUGGAUGCAGCAAAUGGAAGUACUGCGCCACUGGCCCUUGGAAUAAGCGUUGAACCUGCGCAACAAGUCGCAGCUGCCAUAGAGCAAAACAAAGCGCAGGCUACUGCACGGCCGCAACCAACAGGAGCAAUUCAGGGCAAUGAGUUGGUACUCAGGGGGCAGAGGAGUGUCGAGACAAAAGUUCUCGCACAGAGAAUCAUCAAGAAUUGCUACGACUUCUUGACGAGCUGGGGUACGGGGGAUACAGUACCACUCAAGGCUUUCCAGGCGUGGUGGACCAAGUUUGAAGGGAAAAUUGAGAGAGACCCAGGGUUUUUGGAGAGAGGCGAUGGAGGGUGA